CGUCACGAGGCAGGAAGGGGCGGAGUCACCGCAGCGGCGGCGGGAAAAAAGCGCGCAGAACGGUUUGGACCUACUAGCCAGUCGCGCGCUGCUCGCCGCCGUCCGCGUCCUAGACCCCGCAGCCUGCGCCCGCGCCAUGCCCGCUCCCGGCUCCGAUCUGCAGCGCCCGCCGGCGCAGCCCGCCGAGCAGAAGCGGGGCGCCGAACCGCAGCCGCAGCCGCAGCCGCAGCCGCCACCCCACGGGGAGCUGCAGUACCUGGGGCAGGUGGAGCACAUCCUGCGCUGCGGGUUCCAGAAGGAUGACCGCACCGGCACCGGCACGCUGUCGGUGUUCGGCAUGCAGGCGCGCUACAGCCUGAGAGAUGAAUUUCCUCUACUGACAACCAAGCGUGUAUUCUGGAAGGGUGUUUUGGAGGAGUUGCUGUGGUUUAUCAAGGGAUCUACAAACGCUAAGGAACUGUCAUCCAAGGGAGUGAAAAUCUGGGAUGCCAAUGGGUCCCGAAACUUCUUGGACAGCCUAGGAUUCUCCAACAGAGAAGAAGGGGAUUUAGGCCCAGUUUAUGGCUUUCAGUGGAGGCAUUUUGGGGCAGAAUAUAAAGAUAAGGAUUCAGAUUAUUCAGGUCAAGGAGUAGAUCAACUGCAAAAGGUGAUUGACACAAUUAAAACCAACCCCGAUGACAGAAGAAUCAUCCUGUGUGGUUGGAAUCCAAAAGAUCUUCCUCUGAUGGCCCUACCUCCGUGCCAUGCUCUUUGCCAGUUCUACGUGGUGAACGGUGAACUGUCCUGCCAGCUGUACCAGAGGUCAGGAGACAUGGGCCUGGGUGUGCCCUUCAACAUCGCCAGCUACUCCCUGCUCACCUACAUGAUCGCACACAUCACAGGCCUGAAGCCAGGUGACUUCAUACAUACUUUGGGAGAUGCACAUAUUUACCUGAAUCACAUUGAGCCGCUAAAAAUGCAGCUCCAGCGAGAACCAAGGCCUUUCCCAAAGCUCAGAAUCCUUCGAAAAGUUGAGACAAUUGAUGACUUCAAGGCUGAAGACUUUCAGAUUGAGGGGUACAAUCCUCACCCCACUAUUAAAAUGGAAAUGGCUGUUUAAAAUGCUUUUAAGGGAGAUACCGGAAAGAUACUGAUUCUUGAGGGAUUAGACUGAAUGCCCGAAUGAAAGGUGUUUCACCCUAAAGAAAGAAAGAACUAGGUCAGAAGUCUAUUGGUGACUGGCAGUUACACUUGAUUAGCUUUUGAGAAUGUUGCCACUGGCCAACAGUUCUCUUACUAACAAACGACCUCGAGUUUGGUUAACUCCCUGGGGAUGUGUGAAACUGCCAAGAUUAGGGAUAAAGUAAGGAGAGUAAAAAUUUAUAUGCUCUUAAAAUGUGUACCUGCAUUUCAAUCCCACAUUUUUAUGAAGCUCAGUGCAUUUCAAUUACAUGAAAACUAUUCCCCCAGAUUUGAGCAAGCUGAAUAACACCAGCAUGCAUGAUAACGUACAGUUGUAGUUAUGAACAUUUAAAGUUACUUGCUUUAUAUAUUGCUAUAAUAAAGGAGUGUUGUGGAUUCA